AUCACUUUUCUUUUUCUCUCUCUACUCUCUACUACAAGCACACAGGCAAACCUUUUCUUUCUCUCUCUGUCUCUUCUACUUUUCUAUAUCUCUCUCUCUCUCUCUUUCUCUCUUUCUCUCUCUCUCUCUCUCUCUCUCUCUAUAGAAAUCAGUCCCUCGUUCCCUCCCACGUUUUGCGACUGGGGCAGACUCGGGAACCCUUUGUUCUCUUUCUCUCUGAACAAUACAACUGCCAUGGAAGGCAACACUUCAACCCUAACCGAGACAAACUCCAACAAGCGAGUUAGGUAUGACUCGGAUGAGUCGGACUUUGACUCGCCCGAGGCAAAGCGAAUCCGAGACAACCUACUUGACAUCCUCGACGACUCGGAUCUCGUCGGUGACCGCAACCAAACCAACCAAGACCUCGAUUCGGUCAUGAAGAGUUUCGAAGAAGAAAUUUCAAACUCAACUUUUUUACCUGCACAACUACAGCCGGCGUCGGCAACUCUAACUCCGACUUCGUUGUCGGAUUCCGGUGGUUCACAGCCAGAUCUGGGGUAUCUUUUAGAAGCAUCUGACGACGAACUUGGUCUUCCGCCUAACUUUUCCUCUUCUUCUGGAGAGGAAGAAAAGAACGAAGACGGGGACUGUGAAGGGGAAGGUAACGAUAACGAUCUGUUUCGUGUAACACCGGAGGCCGUAGGAAUGGAUCAGAUCUGGGGGUUUGAUGAUGAGAUCCAGGGUUAUGAGUCGAUGGGAUUUGGAAUCGUUGGUGGCGAGGAAGAAAACACCGGCGGUGGUUUUGUGGCGUUGGAAGGGUUGUUUGAUUAUUCCGAUGGGAUAUAUGAGAAUGGUUCCGAUUUUUCGGACUUGUCAUGGCGGCCAGAGUCCCUCCCCGCUCAGUAGUUGAAGGUAUGAAAAGCGAAACGUAUCGGUUGCAACGGAUUUUUAACCGGCACCGAUUCGUGAUGUCUAUAAACAGAUGUAAAUUG